AUGGUGCGGCCUGGGCUUCUCCUGGGCGAUGUGUCCUUGAAUCAUCCUGAGUCACAGGCAUUCUCAGCAUCCAAUCCGCGGGAGACGCUGAACCAAUCCAGUGAGAAGCUGCUUCAAGGGCUGUUGCUGGUGGCUGUAGUGGGCCUUGGACUCCGUGCACUUCUAGCAGCAGUGCUGGCUUGCCAACAUCGUUCUACCAGUCAGGUCGAAGGCAAGGGCCUUGAAGUGGUGCCACUGCUCUUCUUCGGCAAGGUCAUCAUCAAUGUGACUUUGAAGGUCCUUGCGACGACCAGCCAUGGACUGCUGGCAGUGAAGUGGAUCUUGGCAGGGGAGCCAGCUGGAUUUGCCUUGGUGGCCAGCUUCGUCCUAGUGGCGGUGAACACGCAGAUUUUGGUGACAGUCGUGCAAGUGGGGCACCUUCGACAUCUUCUGCUGAAGCUGGGCCUCACCAAGCAAGCACGUGUGAGCUUCGCUGGUGUUGGCAGCUUGUGGCAGGUGCCCGGCGGCAGGGCUUGUGUAGCUGUGAACGGGAUAGCCACGCUGUGCCUGGUGGUGCAUUUGCACCAACGCCCUUGGCAGUUAUUGCCAUGGCUUGCCACGGCUUGCGGAACCCUGGUCUGGGCCAACGCAAGCUUUCAAGGUGUUGGCGUUACGACGUGGAACGACUUGAAACCCAUAGCCACAGAUGAUUCAGCAGUGAUGGAGGCAGAGGAGUUCAUGGAAAGCCUGGGAGUAGCAGAAAGUGCGCUGCCCGACACUGCGUGUGGCAAAUGGCUUGCCUUGGUCGCAAAGAUGUUCACCGUGGGCAAGGAAAACGCCAUUAUGUUGCAGAACCGGCAGGUCCUGAUGCACCACGCUUUCCCUACUAACCCAACCUUUCGCUUCUUUCACGGUGUGGUGAUGGUGCUCUUCAACCUUUGCUGCUUUGGCGUCCCGGCGGCGCUGGUGGCUGUUUCAAUGAUGCAGGUACCUGUGAUCCAUGAUCUCCAGGUCUCUGGUGGGGCGCUUUACCCAUCGCUCAGUCCCCAACAAUCGCACUACUAUGUUCGCCUGAACGAUGGAUGGACAGAGGGAAUCAGCUUUACCUUCGAAUUAGACGUGGGCAAAGCCUCGUCCUUCGAGUUCUGUUGCCCAUUUUGCGUCGAACUCACCGGCAGCGAGCAUGGAAAUUCAUUGAUCCUGAAGUCUGAGAUGCCCAAAGAGAAUUUAGGAACUUGCCAACUGAACCUCUUUGGCCUUCGAUUUCAACAGUACCAAUUCACGGCUUUGGCCUUGCAAGGCCUUGAAAUGGAGAGCCGCCUUGACACAGAGAUCGGGCACUUUGAGCCACCCUUCCAAGCCGGAUUGCAGACAUACGAGUCUUCAUUUGUUUCCAAAUCAUCAGCCUCUAUCUCACUGCGGGUCGUGCUGGAAUUGGACAUGGAGAACACGAAGGUUGCCUACACAGCCCGCUGGUGCACCAAUCGCGCUUGCAGCAACGAGCUGGUUGAGGGAGAGAAAGAAGCUGACAUUACAAAGCCAGCGCAGGUUGGGUGCUUCAACUUGACCUUGUGGAUUACCUUGUCGCCAGCAUCUUCAAUGCCCAACGUGAGCUCGGUCUAUGAGAUUUCUGUGACCGUGAUCGACCUGAAGAUGAAACUGGAUGAGAUAGCUUUCAAGAUGUCUGAACUUCAGGCGCAGAUGAGUGCGCUGGAAGAUCUUGAUUCUCCGACCGAAAACUUAAAGGCAGAGCUUGAGAGAACAGUUUUGGAGCGAGAUAUGUAUUUGGAAGCAGCGUACAGGUUGGAGCAGCCAGAGGACGGAUUUGAGGAAAUGAGGCCUGACUUGACCUUCCUUGCUGUAGGCCUGACUGGGGCUGGCAAGUCAGAACUUUGCCAUUGGAUGACAGGAAAUCUGGACAAGUGUUCUCCCAGUAACAGUAUGCAAUCGAACACGAGCCAAGUUCAGGAGGUCUUUGCGUAUCCAUUUGACGACUUCAAAUUGAAACCUCACAUCAAAUGGCUUGAUACACCUGGAAGAGGGGACACCAGAGGCGAAACGAAUGAUACCAAGAUGUGGAGCCAGACAAUGUCCUUUCUGGUAAAUAGGUCAAAUUCCGAGUUUGUAGACCGGAUCGUUUGGGUGAUCAAUGCGGCUUGGCAAAGGGCCACUGCAGCCCGCCAGAUGAUUUUUCGGGAGUUGCGGAGGUCCUUUGGCUUGCAUCUCUAUCGUCACCUGGAUUUGCUCUUUAACUUUCUACCUCAUGUGCCGAACAAAACAGCCUAUGACAAGGAAGUCUUGUGGCCCCAGCGGUGCAGAUUCCUGGAGUGGAUUGAAGAACAAGAGAUCGAACUUUUGAAUUGGAGCAAUAAGAGCGUGCUGUGGCAUGGGGUUCGACGUGAAAUUCAUGAGACAGGAUUCUUUGGGGUGAGUAUUCACCCAAGCUACUUGAAAAAGCUUCCCUCAGCAUUGCGAUUGUCUUCUCCAUAUUUGGACCGUUUCCAUCCCUUUUCCCACCCAGCUGGCAUACGUGAGCUGAUCCGCCUCUUUAAGGAUGCCCGGAGCAAGAGGCAGAGAGGUGUUCAGGGCUUGCAACUCGACAACCAACAUCCACGCAUCGGUCCGGGGAAGCUAGAACAGAUGGAGGCGAUGUCCUACAGAUGCGGUCUGGUUCCGGAGAGCGAAGAUAACCCUUCGCAGCUUGUCAUAGGAGUGAAGUUCGUGCAUGUGAAGUUGGCUGGCCAAUACUUUUCGGAAGGGGACCGGGCCGUUCUCCUUCCCCGACAACAAGAUUGCGGAGAUCCGGAUGUGCAACAUUGGGCCUGGUGGGCCAAGGGUAUCCAAGCUCCGGAGUCGGUGCAGAACACAUCAGCAGAUUACUGGAUGUCCUGCCAAGGCCAAGAUUUGCAACUGUGCUUUUGCGAAGCACCCCAGUGCACUGAAGCUUGGCGCUUCGGUCAGUCUGUUGGCGCUUCAGCCACUGAUUCUUCUAUUUUGCCACCCAGCGUGAAGGAGCAGUGCUCGAAAAUGGUGGAGAAGAUAAAUACCAACGAGGUUGCACCCAGCAAGACUGGCAAAAACCAUGGAUGGGGCAGCUGGGCCCGGGUCGGCGACAAGCUUUUCGGCCUACCUUGGCAGGUCAACCCCGUGAUAGUGUUGGAUUUGAACACGGCAAAGCUGUCCACCCUUCCCACAGCCUCAGAGCUCAAGCAUCUUGAUUAUGAUCUGGUGGGGUUAUCACCUUCUUCAGCUGUUGUGAAUGAAUGCAUUUAUUCACCUCCAUUUAAACUUGGUGCCGACUACAUGCUUAUUGUGAAUACCACAUCCGGAAAAGUCUCUACACUCAACCACAGGUUAUACUUGGAUGGAAAGCAUAUAUACUCUGCCAUUGCUGCGGUGGGAACCACGCUAUAUGUGUUUCCAAAAGCAGGCUUCACCCAGUUGCUCUCGAUAGAUGUUGGCAGCGCCGCUGCUUAUUUCGACCAAAUUGCCAUUGACCAGGAGUUAGAUGGAUGUGUUUGGCCGAGCCAAGAAUCAAGGUCAUGGUCUGCAGCUAUGUGGUAUGAUGUUGCGGUAGUGGAUGGCUCCUUAUUUGCCUCGCCCUGGGAUGCUGAGUGCAUGCUCAUUUUUCACACAAGCAAUAGGACCUUUGAAGGCAUCGAUACCACACAGGUGGCAAGGGGAGCAGCAAAAUGGUCCAGGCUUUUGGAGAUCCGUGGUAGCAUAUAUGCAGCACCGUCAAAUGCAUAUUAUGCAGGCUCAGCGCCUUCAAGGGAUAUCUUGGCAGUAGACAUAGCGCAGAAAAAGGCAAGAGGAAUCUCUGUAGGCAAAUGCCAUGUUGGCAACGAAUGGACCAGCAUGGGUUCUCACGGAGGGUACAUCUACAUCCUGCCAAGCAGGCCAACUAAUAUCUUGGUCCUGGACUUGCAGACGGAAACAACAUUUUGCUUUCAAGCCGGAGAUAUCUUAGGGGGCGGUGGCCACCACUUCAUGGAUACAGUGGUGGCAAAUGACAAGCUUUAUGCGCUUCCAGAUCAAGAAGGUGCAAUCCUGGUUCUGGACCUGAAUAUUGAAGUUACCCAAGCCACAGAAAAUGCUACUGUUGCAACACAGCAUUGA